UGACGUCAGAUCAUUUCUUCCGGAAACGGCGGCGACGGCAGAAAGAACCGAGGGGCUAUCGUUGGUGGGUGCGCCUGGGAGCCGAGAGGAGCGUAACCCGGAAGCGGAAGCCGAUUCCCGUCCCAGCUCCGGCUUCACACUUGUCACAGGUCCACUGGUGGGCUCCUGCUACCAUGGAUUUGUUGUUUGGGCGCCGGAAGACACCAGAGGAGUUGCUGAGGCAGAACCAGCGAGCCCUGAACCGUGCCAUGCGAGAGUUGGACCGUGAGCGACAGAAGCUAGAGACCCAGGAGAAGAAAAUCAUCGCAGACAUCAAGAAGAUGGCCAAACAGGGCCAGAUGGAUGCUGUGCGUAUCAUGGCAAAAGACCUGGUGCGCACUCGGCGUUAUGUGCGCAAAUUUGUGUUGAUGCGGGCCAACAUCCAGGCUGUGUCCCUGAAGAUCCAGACACUGAAGUCUAACAACUCAAUGGCGCAAGCUAUGAAAGGGGUCACCAAAGCCAUGGGCACCAUGAACAGACAGCUGAAGUUGCCUCAGAUCCAGAAGAUCAUGAUGGAAUUUGAGCGGCAGGCCGAGAUCAUGGACAUGAAGGAGGAGAUGAUGAACGAUGCCAUUGAUGAUGCCAUGGGUGAUGAGGAAGAUGAAGAAGAAAGGUUAGGGGACACCAGGUGUGGGGAGGAUGGGGAUGGAUGCCUGGUCCUCGCACAUGCCUGGCCCUCACAAAGGUCUUCUCUCUUCCCAAGUGACGCUGUUGUGUCCCAGGUCCUGGAUGAGCUGGGAUUGAGCCUGACAGACGAGCUGUCAAACCUCCCCUCCACCGGAGGCUCCCUCAGUGUGGCUGCCAGUGGGAAGAAAGCAGAGGCAGCAGCUUCAGCCCUAGUAGAUGCCGACGCAGACCUGGAGGAGCGGCUCAAGAAUCUGCGGAGGGACUGAUUGCCCUAUACCACUCUGGGUGGGAGGUGGGCAGUGGAUGCCCAGCAGUUUCACUGUACUUCUGUAAUAAAAGAUUGGACACUGGUUCCUA